AUGCAUAAUGAAAAGGUUGCUAGCAACAGAUUCUUAGUCUCGAAAAUUGUAGAAGCCAUUAAAUUUUGUGGUACAUUUGAGCUCGCACUUCGAGGUCAUGACGAAAGUGAAAAUUCUGAAAAUCCAGGUAUUUUUCAAGGUCUUAUCAAUUAUACUGCCGAAAUAGAUAAAACUUUGAAAGACCAUUUAGAACGAGCAACAGUAUUCAAAGGGACGUCGAAAGAAAUCCAAAAUGAUUUAUUGGAUUGUAUUUUUGAGGUGUAUCAGGAAAUUGUUUCGGCAGAAAUAGAUAAUGCAGAAUUUCUUGGAAUCAUGGCAGAUGAAACUACAGACGUUUCCUCGAAGUUACAAACGGUUUUGAUUUUUCGGUAUUGCAAAGAUGGAAAACCGGUGGAAAGAUUUUGGGAAUUUUUUAAAAGCGAGCAACAAACUGCUGAAGUUCUUAGCAACCUAAUUUUAAAAGCACUUGAACCUUUGGUGGCUAAGAACCCUAAUAAAUUAAUCGCGCAGUCUUAUGAUGGUGCAGCUGUAAUGUCUGGAAAACAGAGUGGUGUUCAGGCUAGGAUUAAAGAAAAAUAUCCUGUAGCCCAUUUCGUACAUUGCUAUGCCCAUCAAUUGAAUUUGAUAAUGAGCCAAGCAUCUUCUCAAAAUAAUGAUGUACGUUUAUUUUUUGGAAAUCUGAGUGAAAUUCCAGCAUUUUUCUCCAAUUCUUGUCAACGCGUUGCUUUCCUAGAUAGAAUAGUGAAAAGAAAAAUACCUAGGUCUGUUCCUACAAGAUGGAAUUUUAAAAGUAGAACAGUUAACGUAGUAUUCGAAUACAAAGAAGAACUCAUAGAAUGUAUGGAGGAAAUUGAAGAAAGUCCUGGUGUAAAUGUAUCAACCAAAACUCAAGCCGGUGCGAUCAGAAGGCUUCUUCAAGAAAAAUCAUUCGUGUUUUGGCUCACAUUUUUUCACUACGUCAUGCCACAUGUCGAUAUUUUUUUCAACGAACUACAGAGACGCUUAAUUGACUCGGUACAAAUAGGCAAAUGUUUGAAAAAAUUUAAAGAAAGCAUAAGCAACAUAAGAAAUGAAAAACUAUAUGACAUUUUGAAUGAAGCCAAAGCUCUACAAGUUACUGAAACUAAGAGGAGAAAAUUGAACGAGGACACUUGGAGAGCAUCUGCGAUAGAAGUUUGUGAUGUCAUAAUCAAUGUGGCAGAAGAUCGCUUUGCUUAUACCGAUCAGUUGAAUGCGGCAAACUUGUUUAUUUGUGAGAGAUUCGAAUUAUAUGAUCGUUCAUUUCCAGAUGAUUAUUUCAAAAGGACUAUCGAAUCGUACCCAAUGCUUGAGAAGAACAGACUCAAGACAGAACUUACUCUUUUAUAUUCUAGUGCAGAAUAUCGGACUUUUUCAUCAUGUGCUGUGCUUCUUAGUUUCAUAAUCGACAGUAACCUUCAGGAAGUUUUUACCGAAACUAUAAAAUUGCUAAACAUACUAGUAACAAUGCCAAUGACCACUGUAGAAGCAGAAAGAAAUUUUUCCUCUUUAAAGAGAAUCAAAACGUUCUUGAGAAGUACUAUGUCACAAGAUCGUCUCAAUGCGUUAGCCUGCUUAUCAAUAGAGCAAAAAUUAAUUCGAUCUAUACCGGACUUUAACGAAAAAGUGAUUGAUAAGUUUGCUUUGAAGAAGGAUAGACGUAUCGACUUGGUAUUCAAGAGAAAAUAA